GGGAGUCAUUCUGUCUCACUUGAGAGGAGGCUGGGAGAGACGGAGCAGUGCUCUCGGAGCGUGAAGGGCAGGUGCUGCGCCCCUGAGCUCCCCCAGUAUGUGGCUGGGGCUUCUUCUGACCACCACUUUCCUCCUUUCUCCAGUUCCAGUAAAUGCUAUCAAAGAACUCCCUGGAGUAAAGAACUAUGAAGUGGUUUAUCCCAGAAGACUCCAUCCAGUACAUAAAAGAGAAGUCAAGGAGGCAGAACAACAGGAAAAAUUUGAAACUGAAUUGAAGUAUAAAAUUACAGUUAAUGGGAAAAUUGCAGUGCUUUACUUGAAAAAAAACAAGGAUCUCCUUGCACCAGGUUACAUGGAAACACAUUAUAAUUCCACUGGAGAGGAGGUCACCACAAGCCCACAAAUAAUGGAUGACUGUUAUUACCAAGGACACAUCAUUAAUGAAAAAGUUUCAGAUGCUAGCAUCAGCACAUGUAGGGGACUAAGGGGCUACUUCAGUCAGGGAGAUCAAAAAUACUUCAUUGAACCUUUAAGCCCUACAAAUCAGGAUGGACAGGAACAUGCACUCUUCAGUUAUGAUCCAGAGGAAAAGACUAACAGCACCUGUGGGACAGAUGACAUACCACAGGCACACGGAUCUCAGCAGAGUAUGGUUCUACCUGCCACCAGUCUGGUGAAAUCAAAAGACCAGAAGGCUCUGGAACAUAAGAAAUACGUAGAAUAUUAUUUGGUCCUGGAUAAUAGUGAGUUUAAAAAGUACAAUCAAGAUCCAGAGGAAAUAAGAAAGAGGGUGUUUGAAAUGGCCAAUUACGUCAACAUGCUUUAUAAAAAACUCGAUACUAAUGUGGCCUUAGUCGGUAUGGAAAUCUGGAAUGAGGGGGAUAAAAUAAAAAUAAGUCCAAAUGCAAGCUUCACCUUGGAAAAUUUUUCUAAAUGGAGGGGAAGUGUCCUCCGAAGAAGAAAGCAUCAUGAUAUUGCACAAUUAAUCACAGCAACAAAACUUUCUGGGACAACUGUGGGCCUUGCUUUCAUGUCUACAAUGUGCUCUCCUUAUCAUUCUGUUGGCAUCGUUCAGGACCACAGUGACAACAUGCUUAGAGUAGCAGGGACCAUGGCCCAUGAAAUGGGUCAUAACUUUGGAAUGUUUCAUGACUCCUAUGUUUGCAAGUGCCCUUCUACAAUAUGUGUGAUGGACAGAGUACUAAGCUUCUAUAUACCCACAGACUUCAGUUCCUGCAGCCGUGUCAGCUAUGACAAGUUCUUUGAAGAUAAAUUAUCAAAUUGCCUUUUCAACGCUCCAUUGCCUAGAGAUAUCAUAUCCAUCCCAACCUGUGGGAAUCAGCUGGUAGAAAUGGGAGAGGACUGUGAUUGUGGGACUCCCGAGGAAUGUACCAACAUUUGCUGUGACGCUAAAACUUGUAAAAUCAAAGCAAGUUUUCAAUGUGCAUUAGGAGAAUGCUGUGAAAAAUGCCAGUUUAAGAAGGCUGGUGCAGUGUGCAGACCAGCAAAAGAUGAGUGUGAUCUGCCAGAAAUGUGUGAUGGUAAAUCUGGUGUUUGCCCUGAUGAUAGAUUCCGAGUCAAUGGCUUCCCCUGCCAAAACGGGGAGGGCUACUGCUUGAUAGGGAUGUGCCCCACGCUGCAGGAACAGUGCACCGAGCUGUGGGGACCAGGGACCAAGGUUGCAGACAAAUCGUGUUACAGCAGGAAUGAAGGUGGGUCAAAGUAUGGGUACUGUCGCAAAGUGGAUGACACACACAUUCCCUGCAAAUCAACUGAUGCCAUGUGUGGGAAGUUGUUCUGUCAAGGUGGGUCAGAUACUUUGCCUUGGAGAGGACAUAUUGUAACUUUCCUGACAUGUAAAACAUUUGAACCUGAAGACAGCAGUCAAGAAGUAGGCAUGGUAGCCAAUGGAACCAAGUGUGGAAACAAGAAGGUUUGCAUUAAUGCAGAAUGUGUAGAUAUUGAAAGAGCCUACAAAUCAACCAAUUGCUCCUCCAAGUGCAAAGGACAUGCUGUGUGUGACCAUGAUCUCCAGUGUCAGUGUAAAGAAGGAUGGGCCCCUCCUGAUUGUGAUGACUCUUCAGUGGUCUUCCAUUUCUCCAUUGUGGUUGGGGUGCUGUUUCCUAUGGCUGUCAUAUCGGUGGUGGUUGCUAUAGUAAUCUGGCACCAAAGUACCAGAAGAAAGCAGAAGGAAGUCCAGAGGCCACUGUCUACUACUCACAACAGGCCUCGCAGACAGAAGAGGAACCCACAGACGGAGAAGGAUGUUCAGCCCCAAGAGAUGAGUCAGAUGAAGCUCCAUGCACCUGAUCUGCCAGUAGAGGGCAAUGAGCCUCCAGCUUCUUUUCUAAUUACAAAGCCAGAUUUUCCACCACCACCGAUUCCUACAUCUGUGUCAACCUCUUUCCUUCAUAAUGCCACGAAGGUACUUCCCUCUACUGUUUUUAAAGACAAAAUAAUGUCAACACCUAAGGGUUCCAAUCCAAAUGUCUGA